UCCAGCUAACGCUUCUCCAUCAUGCCCAGGAAGUCUUACGAAAUUAAUUAAAUGUACCAAUUAGACCGAGCUACCUAGUUGCAGAUGAAGAUGCACGCAAGAAUGUUUAGGAAAGAUUGAGACCCCUCAACCAUAAUGAAUUGCUCAUUUCAGGUUUUAGUCUAUAAAAAUUUGCAGACUUGGCCGUGUGCUUCAGUUCGACAGAUUAUGGGCAAGGAGUUGAAGUGCCCGGUGCUCGGAGCACCAUGGACGGCAUGUUUGCUUAUCGCGAUUUCUCUAAGUAUCGCGCUUCUCAUGUUGGAGAACACGCCAUCCUAUCACGGAGGAAUCAGAUUCCAAAUUGGAGGGGCGCUAGUGAUGCCGGAGAGGUCGGUGAAGUCGCUGGAGAGGGGGACGCUCUCAAGGAUCUACUAAGAAGGCUAGUAAGAGGAGAAGAGAGAUACCAGCUUGAGGUUGGAGGGUUCACAUGCCACUUUGACCUAGACGCCGAAAUGUGUCUCUCGGCUAAACCCGUUAGGAUCUCGAAUGGCGGUUUGACUGUUCAUGUGCCGUCCGAUGGAUCUGGGUUCACGCGCUCAGUUCGACCCUACGCGAGAAUAGGAGACGAACUGGCCAUGAAACUGACCACUCCGGUCCAAAUACUUCACAGGGACAUGGCUAAUUUACCAGCUUGCAAUUUCACGCACAGCAUCCCAGCGGUGAUCUUCUCAACAGGUGUUACGGGAAACGCCUACCACGAGCUCAGCGAAAUCAUCAUUCCCUUGUUCCUUGCCUGCCGGCACUUCCGAUCGCAGCUGAAGUUCGUCGCUACUGAUUACAAUGAAUGGUGGAUUCGGAAAUACUCGACGGUUUUGAACCGCUUAUCUGAUUACGAGGCUCUAGAUUUAUCCGAUGGGGGUGUUCACUGCUUUCCAGCGGCAGUUGUGGGACUUAGGUACCACGGCAAUUUAGCUUUGAACGCCAGCAACGUCCCCUUAGGCCACUCCAUGCCUGAAUUCAGGCAAUUCCUCAGAGAAUCUUACAAUUUGAAGACCAAGAACGUGCACGAGAUUGAUAAGCUACAUAAGCCGGUCCUGAUCCUCAUUUCCAGGACCAACUCGAGAAAAAUUCUGAACGAGGAUGCCAUCGUGGAACUGGCGCAGGAGUUGGGCUUUCAAGUAGUGACGGCAGGGCCUAGUAUGAUGUCGAACCUAGAGCUGUUUGCAAAGAUGGUCAGUUCGUGCAGCGUCUUCAUCGGAGUCCACGGCGCAGGUCUCACCAACGAGAUCUUUUUGCCGGACGGCGCAGUGGUAAUUCAGGUGGUUCUUCUAGGACUAGAGUGGGGUUCGACCAACUAUUACGGAAGUCCGGCUACCGCAAUGGGUCUGCAAUAUCUGGAGUACAAGAUAGAGCCCCAGGAGAGCUCUCUCGCCGAAGUAUACGGGCUCGAUCAUCCGGUGAUUGUCGACCCUUUAUCGGUCUUUGCCAAGGGGUACAUGGCAGUGAGGGCUGUGUAUGUCGAUGGCCAGGAUGUGAAGAUCAACUUGGAUAGAUUUAAGGCCACACUGGAGGAAGCAAUGAGACUGGUUGGACACUCCACGACUUAGGGAUGAGUUCACCGUCAUUACAUAACAGGAGGCGACACUGUUGGCUUGGCUUUCUGUCAUCUGUUUCUGGAUAUGCAUCUGAACUUUUAUACAUUAUUGCAG